GUCAAUCAACAGCAUAGGCUAGGAGGGUUCGUGAAAGCACGUUUGUGCUGAAUGAGCUCCGGUGUUUGGCUCGGCUUCACAAGUUUCCCCUGGACGAUCAUGGGGGCAGGAGUGUGUAGUUAAUUGACACAAUCAAUACAAAGUUUCCGCUCACUUUGCGCGUGUUUCGGCUUCACCUGGACUCGUUUUGGCAAAUGUGGGACCGCAGGAGGUUUUGAGGUUUCUUACCCCUGAAGAGCGACUGAUCAGAAGUCUCACAUUGGAAAGCCAGACACAACAGUAAAGAUGAACAGCCUGUCUUUUGACGAUCCUUCGCUGGAUACUCUGGAUCCAACGUUGUCGCUCAAUGAUCCCAGCGACAUCGACACGGUCCUCUUAAGCGACAUUGAUGACAUGCUACAGCUCAUCAACAACCAGGACAUGGAGUUCGGAGGGCUGUUUGAUAACCCUCCGUACACAGCGCCAGCUCCCAACCGAGAGCUUCCUGGUUUGACCCAGUCCAUCGCCACGGCGCCCCCUCCGAGCACCACUACCACACCCCCACCUCCCUCUUCCAUCCUAAGCAGCAGCCCCCACCUGGAUGCACUUCUUGGCCCUCCCAUCACCCGCAGUUCAUCCACCCCAGACAAGACCUUCCAGCCCCCCACAUUCCAGCAGUCCCCCCUGGCCCAGGUGCCCAUCACAACCCAGAGGCAGCAGCCGUCCCCCCCGCAGCAGGUUUUGACCAUGCAGCAGGCCAAGGUGGAGCAGCCCAAACCUAUCCUCAGCCCGCCUGCCCCAGCCCAGGCACCUUCACCGCACGGCUCACCUGUAUCAAACCUAGCUUUCACCUCAACGCAGCAGGCUCUGUUCACCUCGCCGACACCACAGACUCCGCCACAGACACAACCACAGCUUCAGACUCAGACUCAGCCCCAACAGACCCGGCCCAUCUACAGCAGCCAGAACAGCUUCACAGUCGCCAGCAGUGUGAGCCAACCCGCUGCCAGCUUGUCAUCCUCGCCUCCAAGUGUUCAGCCGGUGACCAUCCAGACUCAUCUCCAGGCGCUGACCACCGCUUCUCCUCUCCUGACCACGACAGUGAGCUCGUCGGCUCAAGCCAUCGCACCGCACGUUCAGCAAGUCCCUGUGCUGCUGCAGCCACAGUUCAUCAAGGCCGAGUCUCUGCUGCUGACCACUCUGAAGCAUGACCCGUGCAUCGUCACCACCAUGGCCUCGCCCACAUCCCUCGCCACCACCAACCCAGUACAGAGCACCUCGCUGCAGGCCUUUAUGGGCGGUGGCACGAUCCUGACCACAGUUCCCGUCAUGGUGGACACCGACAAGCUGCCCAUAAACCGCAUCGCCAUCAGCGGCAAGCCCUUCGGCCAGCCGCACAAGGGGGAGAAACGCACGGCCCACAACGCCAUCGAGAAGCGCUACCGAUCGUCUAUUAACGACAAAAUCCUGGAGCUCAAAGACCUGGUGGCUGGAACCGAGGCCAAGCUCAACAAGUCUGCAGUUCUGAGGAAGGCCAUCGACUACAUCCGUUACAUUCAGCAGUCCAACCAGAAACUCAAGCAGGAGAACAUGGCUCUGAAGAUGGCAGCGCAGAAAAACAAGUCUCUCAAGGACCUGGUUGCCAUGGAGGUGGACGAGAAGGCUGAUGUGAAAGCCGAGCUGCCCACGCCGCCGGCCUCUGACGUGGGCUCUCCCUCCUCUUUCUCACACUGUGGCAGUGACUCUGAGCCCGACAGUCCAAUGGGGGAGGACACAAAGCCGAAUGUGGGCAUCCUAGACGGCGCGGCAGCAGGAGGCGGUGCUGGCGGGAUGUUGGACAGAUCCCGCAUGGCGUUGUGCGCUUUCACCUUCCUCUUCCUCUCUCUCAAUCCUCUCGCUGCGCUACUCUGCUCCUCCGGAAGCAGCUCAGCUGAAAGCACUGCAGCCGGCGCCACUCAUCACGCAGGAAGGAGCGUCCUGGGUGUGGACAUCGCAGCGGACUCGUGGGGCUGGAUGGACUGGAUGCUGCCGACUAUCCUGGUGUGGCUGCUGAACGGCGUUCUGGUGUCAGGGGUUCUCAUCCGACUGUUGGUGUACGGAGAGCCGGUGACCAGACCACACUCUGGAUCCUCUGUGUUGUUCUGGAGGCACCGCAAGCAGGCUGACCUCGACCUCGCAAGAGGGGAUUUUGCCCAGGCCAGUCAGAACCUGUGGACCUGUCUGAAGGCUCUUGGGCGACCGUUACCCAUCUCCCAGUUGGACCUCGCCUGCGCUGCCCUCUGGUCCCUGCUGAGAUUCUGCCUCCAGCGUCUGGGUGUGGGCCGCUGGUUGGCUGCCCGGGCUGGAAGGCUGCGAUCAGACCGCCCCCUGCAGGAGGACGCCUGCAAGAGCAGCCGUGACGCCGCCCUUGUUUACCACCGCCUGCACCAGCUGCACAUGACAGGUAAGCUGAACGGCAGCCACCUGUCAGCAGUGCACAUGGCUCUGAGUGCCGUGAACCUGGCAGAGUGUGCCGGCUCCUGCCUGCCUGUGGCCUCUCUGGCUGAGGUCUACGUCUCUGCAGCUCUGCGGGUCAAAGCCAGCCUGCCAAGGAUCCUUCAUUUCACCUCUCGCGUGUUCCUGAGCAGCGCUCGCCAGGCGUGCCUGUCCUCAAGCGGCAGCGUGCCUCCAGCGAUGCAGUGGCUCUGUCACCCACUGGGUCACCGCUUCUUUGUGGACGGUGACUGGGCUAUUCGCAGCACUCCUAAAGAAAGCAUCUACAGCCAGGCUGGAAACACCGUGGAUCCUCUGGCCCAGGUGACUCAGGCGUUCAGAGAACACCUCCUGGAGAAAGCUUUGUACUGUGUGGCCCAGCCCUGUGGAGAGACGAGCCCCAACCAGGGCGAGGGGGAAUAUGCUGAUGCUCUGGAGUACCUCCAGCUGUUGAUUAGUGCAUCGGACGCUGCAGGUGCCACCUCUCAAUCCUUCGCCAUCGGCUCCAACAUGGCGACUGUGACUGGCUGCGACCCUCAUUCCAAGUGGUGGUCCUCGGUUGCCGUGGUGAUCAUCAACUGGCUCCAAGGAGAUGAUGCUGCUGCAGAGAGAUUGUAUCCCACCGUUGAGCACCUGCCCCGCAGUCUGCAGAGCGCAGAGAGUCUUCUGCCCAAGGCGUGUCUAAACACAUUCAGGGCGGUGCGAGCUCUGCUGUCCAAGCCAGAAAACUGCCAGCAGAGUCUGAGCUACAGCGACAAGGCCAGCAUCCUGCUUCGAGACAGCCUCAACCUGGGACCACACUGCCACAGCUCCAGUUUAGACAAGGUUGUCCAGUUGCUCUUGUGCGACCUCCUGUUGGUCAUGAGGACCAACGUGUGGCGCCUGCAGCAGCAGCAAGGGACCGGUCCUGCAGGGUCGGGGUCAGUGGGCACCAGCGGUCCUGCAGGGCUCCACCAGGCCUCGCCACCAGAGCUGCAGGGCUUUCAGCAAGAUCUCAGCUCACUACGCAAGCUGGCACACAGCUUCAGGCCUGCAAUGAGAAGAUUGUUCCUUCAUGAAGCUACAGCCAGGCUGAUGGCGGGGGCCAGCCCCACCCGCACCCAUCAGCUCCUAGAUCGCUCGCUGCGACGCAGAGCGACGCCCGGAGCCAAGACAGAGGAGUGUGAGACGCGGCCCGGCCAGCGGGAGCAGGCGGAGGCUGUCAUGCUGGCGUGCCGCUACCUUCCUCCCUCCUUCCUGUCGGCUCCAGGCCAAAGGGUGGGCAUGCUGGCCGACGCGGCCCGCACGCUGGAGAAGCUGGGAGACAAGAGGACCCUUCACGACUGCCAGCAGAUGAUCAUCACCACUCCCAUCACCCUAAACCCCACAUCAGGAGGCACUAGCCGAGUGCUCAGUGGGUUGGGUGUGUCGGGCUGCUCUGAUUGGCUGCAGUUUGAGACGACCAAAUUCGGAUUCGGACAGACCUUGAGCUUGUCCAGUGGGAAGCCGCUCUCUGCAGGUUGUUGA